AUGGCAAGUGAUUCCAGUCGUGGUAGAUUGCUACUCAAUGAGGCUGAAGCAACUUUACAGAUAGGGCGAGUACUCGGGCUCGAAUGUGAAGGCAAAGAGGAGGAGGUCAUGAGCAAGCUUAUGGAAUUGGAGUCCAUGGAUAUGGACAAGCUUUUAUCAUGGAAUGUUAGGGGGUUAGGUAGGACUGGUAAAUGUAGGAAAGUCAAGCAGGUGCUUAAGGAGAGGAAGAUAGAUAUGGCUCUCUUGCAAGAGACCAAAAAGGAGGUUGUUAAUCCAGAGCUGGUGCAAACUAUUUGGGCUGGGGAUAAAAUGGAGUUUGUGUCAGUUGAUUCAAUAGGGUCUACUGGUGGGCUUCUUUGUAUCUGGAACCCUGAAGUUUUUCAGCUCAAGAACUGCUGUUGCACUCGCAAUUUUAUCCUUUUGGCAUGUUCCAUCUUUUUUUCUUUUAACUGUGUAAUUGUUAAUGUUUAUGGGCCAAAUGAUCCAGUAGGAAGAAAAAGGGUGUGGGAUAUUCUUGUGAAUCUUAAAUCACAAUUCUUGGACCCAUGGUGCUUGGGGGGUGAUUUUAAUGAAAUUAAAAGCAUUGCUGAAAGAAAAUGGUGUUCUAGGAAGGAUAAGGGAAUGAAGGAAUUCAAUGAAAUGAUAGAGCAAUUAGAGGUCUUUGAUCUACCUAUGUGUGGAAGGAAGUUUACUUGGUGUCAUUCACAAGAGGGUGAUAGAUGGAGUAGGCUUGACAGAUUUUUAUUAAAUCCAGAAUGGUUGCAGACAUUCAAUUUUAAGCUUUGGGGUUUACCUAGACUGGUCUCUGACCAUUGCCCUAUUGUUUUGAUGGAGGAUGAGAGGGAUUAG